AUGGCUGCAUCUGUCCAGGUUUUCCUCGCCUUCAUGGUCUUCUCGUCAAGCCCCGAAUCACCCCCUCUGGGAAGUGAUACAUCAUUUCAAAAGUCAUUGUUGAUGUUGAUGGCGACUUUGUUGAAAGAGCAAAUUGUUCUGGAAGUCCAACACCUCUUUGGAAAUGUCCGGCAUGACCGUUCCGCCGAGUUCUAUCUUGAACACUUUACCAGCAACAAGCGAGUUUACCUAGAAACAUAG